AAUAAGCACCGCCCAUUGAUAUUGCCAUUCACACUGCAGGAGCGGCUAAGAUGACCUCUACUGAAAUAUGGCGUAUUGCUUUAUAAAAUCGAAUCAUCAGCAGCAUUGUAAUUCCGUUUAAUCGUGAGUAUGCCACCCAGACUCUCAUAUGUCAAUAUAUCAAUAUGAAACAGUCUACAAAAGGGUGCUUCAAUUGGCUGUACGAGAAACCGCCAUUCCUUGUUCGAGAAUCACUACGCAAGAUUGUUUGGAUUCAAUUCAACGACCGAGAACUGCAACAGUGUAAGACAUAAUACCGUAUGUCGCAACUAAAGGGAGCGUCAGAGCCGCCACACAAAAGAGCAAUCGUUGCAUUGGUCCCUCCAUAUAUUGCCACUACCCCGGACUACGGGGUAUAGAGUUGGGCGAUGAGAAUGCCAUGCACAUCUGUGGCUUUCUUGGCUAGUUGCUAUGGCGAAUCAAAGGAGCUUAUGGAUGUUGGAUGAAUCAUAGGCAUACCAUCAACAAAGAAGUCAAUUUAUUGACAAUAACUUCAAUUAUUAGCCUCAUGACUUUCUCAUACUCAUAAAGUGAGUUAGUCAGUUGAUGAUGUUGCAAUUAUUCUCAGCUUCUCUGCCGAGCAGGCAUGUGUCGCUGCUUCCUUAUUGAGAUUUAAGUUGUCUCGUUGAAUUUGCUAGGCACACUUGAUUGCCAUCAAUUCCAUCGACCAUCCAAGGGAAACAUAACCUGAGGUGUCAAAAUCAAUACCAUCAAUCCAAACAAAAUCAAAGUCAAAGGCAAGCCUAUCAUGGAUGAGCUUAAAAACGAGAUUGAUAUACACAACGCGUCGGAGUCGCUUUCCCAAAACAACACACCAGAGGAAUCUGCACCAGGGAACAUACCUCUGCAGAAAGAACCAACUUCAAGUCCCGACGAACUCGAUGGUGAAGAGGCAGUUUACCCCCAUGGCUUGAAAUUGGUCGUCAUUCUUGCCGCGCUCUGCCUCGCAGUCUUCCUAGUAGCUCUAGAUCAGACCAUUAUCGCAACUGCCAUCCCGAAAAUAACAGACCAGUUCAAUAGCAUACAAGAUAUUGGAUGGUACGGCAGUGCAUACCUGUUGACGACCACGGCUCUACAGCCGACUUUUGGUAGGAUAUAUACUAUAUUCAGUAUCAAAAUUACCUUCAUCGUGGCUAUUGUCAUUUUCGAAAUCGGUUCCUUGGUUUGCGCCACUGCGCCGAAUAGUACUGCAUUGAUUAUAGGUAGAGCUGUUGCUGGUAUAGGUGUCGGUGGUUUGUUCUCGGGAGCGAUUGUUAUUUUGGCAUAUUGCUUACCCCUGCGAAAACGACCGGCUGCUUUUGGUCUGAUCGGAGGAAUGUGGGGGAUUGCUUCGGUCGUCGGCCCAUUACUUGGAGGUGUCUUUACCGACAAAGUAUCUUGGCGUUGGUGCUUUUACAUCAAUCUACCUAUAGGCGCCAUCGCUAUUGCUGUAAUAGUGGUCUAUCUCAAAAUCCACCGCGCCAACAAUCCUGAGAACCUCACCAUUCUUGCUCGUGUAAUGAAGCUCGAUCUCAUCGGUACUAUCAUUAUCAUCCCAGCUGUCGUCUGCCUUCUACUCGCUCUCCAAUGGGGUGGUACGACAUACCCAUGGAGUUCUGCUAAGAUCAUCGGUCGUCUUGUUGGCUCUAUCUUGCUAUUCAUCUUGUUCAUCAUCUCGCAAAUCGUUCUUGGCGACAAAGGUAUUCUGCCUCCUCGCUUCUUCAAAACCCGUAAUACACUACUCGCAUAUGUCUUCGCGUUUCUCUUCGGUGCAGGCUUUUUUGCUUUGAUCUUCUACCUGGCAAUCUAUUUUCAGUCCGUCAAGGGUUCUUCUGCUACUAGGGCUGGCAUCGAACUCCUUCCCCUCUUGAUAUCCACUGUUCUGUCCUCCAUAGUGACUGGAGGCCUUAUUACUGUAAUCGGAUAUUACACUCCCGUGAUGAUUUUCUGUAUGAUACUGUUCGCUAUCGGUUCUGGUCUCAUCACUACCUUCUCUCUUACCACACCCUUUGCCUCUUGGUUCGGCUUCCAAAUCAUAACCGGUAUUGGAAUUGGCGUUGGAUUUCAGGGUGGUGUCCUAGUAGUCCAGACCGUUGUCCCACUAUUUGACGUUCCAGUCGGGACAGCCUGUGUCUCAUUCUUCCAAUCCCUGGGCGGCGCCCUCUUUAUAUCUGUCUGUCAAACUCUCUUUCAAAAUGGUCUAAAAUCUGGAAUAGAAAAGUAUGCUCCACAACUUGAUCCUCAGCUAUUCUUGCACAGCGGAGCAACAGAAAUUCAGCAAUUACUAGCACAAUUGAAUCAAGAAGAAGCGAUAGGUGCUGUGCGACAAGCUUAUGUGGAAGGCCUUACGCGUUGUUAUUGGGUGACUACUGCAUGUGCUAUUGGUAGUUUCCUGGCGGCAUGUGGACUGGAUUGGAAGAGUGUGAAAAAAGGACAUGGACAAGAAAAAGAGAUAGAAAAGAGAAAGGAACAGAAGAGCAAAAUUGCAAACGGUGGAGAGAUGGCGCUGUAAGAUAUGAAUAAGUUGCGUGCACUUGUCAGUUCAGAACUUGCCACACACUCUUAAAUAUUGUAUAACUAGUAGAGCAUUCACUCGAUCUAUCAUUAAACUUAGAGCUCUUCUACUAUAGCACCAUCAGUCAAGUUCUUACAAACAAUUGAUUUCCAGACCCAAGUUGAA